ACGGACAUUUUGGAAGUACCCUGAAGGCAACAGUAGAUGACCGGAAUGUCGUCGGUUGGUUCAUCCACUGCGCUGUCAUUUGAACACUUUCUUCCGAGGGGACCACAUUCCACAAGCCACGCGCAUAGUCUUUUGCGCCGCCAGCAGUGUUGCCAAGCCUGAGAGGAGACAUCGGCCAACACUGCAGCAGGCGGGAAGAACACUCAAAAAGAGCGAUGGUCUCCACAGGACAAAGCUGGCCUUUGCUGACACUUGGCCUCCUACUGGGGCUUCAUCAAACCUCCUGUUUGUGGAUUCUCAAUGUUAUAUUCCCUCCUGAUUCUAAAGCUCAAAACCAGAGCAGUAUUACACCACCACUCAUUAUUGUGCCAGGAAACUUGGGGAACCGUUUGGAAGCAAAGAUAGACAAGCCACAACUAGUCCACUGGCUGUGCUACAAGAAAACAGAACACUGGUUCCCCUUGUGGAUUGACCUCAACAUGUUCAUGCCUAUUGGUGUCGACUGCUGGAUCGAUAACAUUAGACUUGUUUACAACAGGACGACAAGACAGUCAUUCAACUCACCAGGGGUGCAGGUGCGGGUUCCAGGGUUUGGACAAACCUAUCCCAUUGAGUUUCUUGACAAUAACAAUUUGGCUGGCUAUUUUCACACAAUGGUGAAACAUUUAGUGAACAUUGGCUACACUCGGAAUGAGACUGUCCGAGGAGCACCAUAUGAUUGGAGAUUAACUCCCAAUGAGAAUGCAGAGUACCUAAUGAAGUUGAAGGAGUUGGUGGAACAGAUGUAUGCCCAGUACCAGGAGCCUGUUUACUUGCUGGGACACAGCAUGGGCUGCCAUUAUGUCCUUUAUUUCCUCAACCGGCAGCCUCAGGCCUGGAAGGACAAGUACAUUAGGGGCUUCAUUUCUCUAGCAGCUCCAUGGGGAGGAGCAGUCAAAGUAAUGAGAGUCAUGGCGUCAGGUGAAAAUGAUGGCAUCCCAAUGAUUUCCAACAUCAAGAUUCGCGAGGAGCAAAGAAUGGCUACUACUAACCCCUGGAUGCUGCCAACAAAGAAAGCAUGGCCUGAAGACCACGUCUUCUUAUCCACGCCAAAUUUCAACUACACGAGACAGGACUACCAGCGAUACUUCAACGACAUCAAUUUUGAAGAUGGCUGGUACAUGUGGGAAGACAGCAAGAAUCUCACAGGUGAUCUCCAUCCACCUGGUGUUGAGGUGUGGUGUAUGUACGGCGUUGGAAUACCUACUCCAGUGACGAAUAUUUACGACGACGGUUAUCCUAAUGCAGACCCCAUAGACUAUGUGUACGAAGAUGGGGAUGACACCGUGGACAGCCGAAGCAUGAGUCUUUGCAAAGAUUGGGCAGUACAGCAGGAGGAGCCUGUGCAUGUCACGGAAUACAAGGGGUUGCCACAUUUGGAUAUUGUAUUUAAUGAAAAGGUGCUUAAUCAAAUACAGAAAAUCUUGGAGGGGAACACAGAAAUACCUAAAGAAGUUGAUGUCAGAUCUGGGCAGAAAUAGCAAACAACAGCAUUUUGAAGUUCAAUUUACUUAUUGACUGCCAUUGACGGUUGUAGACGUCCAAUCCAUUUCAACUGGGAUUGUUCACGGUCUGCCCUCCCAGUUCAAAUGAGAUUGAAGCCUAUCGCCGUCAAUGGCAGCGAAUGUUAAAAAAAACAUAUGUAAAGUUGUGUAUAAGCCUGACCCAAGUUGAGAAACAUAAUCCCCGUUUCCAUGUAUUUUUAAAUGAUUUAUUCUCGUAUUUUGCUCUAUUCACGUGAUUUUUAUUACAUAAAUAUGUUCUGUUGUCUGGCUUUUUGGCAGUUGUAGUUGACUUUGGACUAGCUUGUAAUAAUCUAAUGUGUGUACUAAAUAGCAUUUACAUGACUGACCCUCAUAAGAACCCUUCAAUUCAUAUUUUUCCGCACCAGUACACCAUUCUUUGAAGUGUGAACCCAUUAAUUUUUUGUGCAUAAAUGUGUCAGUGGGACUGAGUUUUAGUUUGAUUCUAAGUUGGUUUCUGAUUAGGGUUGCCAAUUGUCCCUUGAAAAACGGAAUUGUCCGGUAUUCAGAAACAAAAGUACGCGUCCCUUAUUGAGCUUUCAAAUGACGUACGUGCUUUGUCCCUUAUCAUCAAACUCGAAAAUAAUGUCUUAUUUGUAGAACGAACGAAUACUGGUAUGGUGCUUUACAUCAGUGAUCCCCAACCAUCGAGCCGCGGACCGGUACCGGUCUGUGGCGCAUUUGCUACCGGACCGCAGAGAAAUAAUAAAUCAUUUGUUAACGACCGCAAUCUGGCCUGUGACUGUGGCCUUGGCGCAUCUACAGUAUAUCCCUGUCUACUCUAUAGACAGGGGUGUGUACAUAAUUUUUUUGCCCAGGUUCUCAAAGGAGGACCUGGAGAUGUGACUUGGUCCUCAUAGAGCUUGAGAGCCGACCCGCCUGAUGCGAUAAAUUUAUGACAAGCUUUACUUAGAGCCAAUUAACUUUAAUUAAUUAUAUUAACAAUUAAUGCUUGAUUAACAUCAACUGGCACAACAAAAUUGCCAUUACUUUGAAGUGAAAUGUAAAGAAAUAAGAAGCACCAAUUCAAAAUAAAGGGCAUUAUGUGGCUCCCACAUUAACUCCAAGCCUUUUUAAAAGUGGGAUAUCCUCCUCAUAAGACCUCAUUGAACGUGCAUGAUUAGCUUUGUAAAAUGCGAGCAAAAACACGUUUGUCAGUGCAUGUCGCUGUUCAUUACCUUUAUUCCGCCACUUGUCCAUAGGGCGAAUGGGGUCCUGUUUGACAUUGAUAGUUUGCUUAAUUGCCACAUGCUCUGUUUUUUUCAUGCUUUUCAAAGUUUGGAUGGCUGAAAUUCUUUGACCCUACAUAAAAUGCGCUGCUCUUAUCGGCGACAUUGGGAUUCUCACGGCACAUUUUGUACCGCAUUUCCGUGCGAGCAUCAUUUGCUUCUAGCCAUGGUACCUCCUGUAGCCACUUUUCAGCAAAAGUCCUUUUUUUCGGUAGCUCCGGUGACGUCUCUGUCGUCUGUCUGUCUUUUGACGGGGGUGGGGGAACACGGAAGUAAUUUAGUGAUGGCCAAAUGAAGCCUCAUGAAGCAAUGAAGCUUUGCAGCCAACUGGUUUGCACAUGUAGCAAAGCUUCAUGGUGCUUCAUUUACCCUGUGGUGCCAUCAAGUGGUCUAGAAGCCCAAGAGGUCAACAUUGUUAAGAAUUCAAUGGCUAUUUGCUUAAGACAAAGAUAUGAAUGUGCUUGUGUUAGUAAAAUACAACAAGUGCUAAGGGUAAUUUGUUAUUCAUUUUUAUUUAGAAAUAAUAGCUUUCCCACAGUGGCUGGCUUUAAACAGUUUCCUUUUUUUUGGAAAAUAUUUCACCAGCUUUAGAAAAUAUUCUUUCACAAGGCACAGAUGGAGCUGGGGUGCAGAGAAAUGUGAGUGCCAGUUUAUAUAAAUUUGGGUAGGUAUUCUUUUGUGCCUCCCAGUACACUAAUGGAUUGUUCAUUCUGUUGAUGUUUGGUUCAGAUAGGUACACACACACACUCACAUUUAUAUUAAAGUAGUUUUUCUCCCUUACCUUAUUGAAAGCAAUCAAAUCAAAAUGUUCUCAUACAGGGGAGGAUCGCUCUUUUCGCUCAGGUUCCAUCGCAAGCAAAGGACAAGGCUCGAAAAAAGAUUGCACUGGUUGCACUGUUGCGCACAGAUGUAACAAGUACAGGAGCCCAAAACCCAAAAAAUGUGAGAUAACAGGCGAUCGCCAUUGCGUUUCGCAACCAAUUUAUACUGUAGUCUGUCCUGUUUUUGCAAUGUGCACCAAACGUUGGAUCACUUCCGAAGCACUCACGAGAUUCAGCCGGCCGCCGGCGAGGCUUCCCACGUCAUCAUUUCUGGGUUUUGCCGAAAUGAAGCGCGCCUCGCUACAAGCUUCGUGGAAACCCCCCCUCCCAUUACUCGACACAAGCUUCGGAACCUCGGCUCAUUUCGUCCCAUCACUAAAGUAAUUACUCAGUGUGGCCUGCCUCUUCAAAAUUUGAGAAGUUAUUUUCUCGUGUCCGCCGCAAAUACAGUGGUCAGCCAUCGGUACGCAAAAGCGUAUGGAAGCCGUUGAGGGCCAGCGCAUUUGUCUACGUCCAGUACGCAUGCGCGCAUGCGGACCACUUAUGUGCACCCCUGUCUAUAGAAUAAUCAGAGUAAAACUUUGUGUUGGUCGCCAUCUAGUGUUUGGCUGAAAUUACUGGUGUGUUUACACACUUACAGCAGCCCAGCGCCAGUCAAUGUAAACAGGAACUUUAGCUGUUGUUGGUUGAGUGCUGUGGCUGGCGAUGUCUUUCAACAGUUUUUUUAAGGGGAAAAGGACACCUGCUGAGCCAGAAGAGGAGCCUACAAACAAGUCCAUUCUGCAUAACAUGUCUAAAAGUUAGAAAACAAGGCAACAAAAGCGAAUGCACUUAAUACAUCAUACCUCAUGGCGAACUGUAUUGCUAAGGCCAAGAAACCUCAAUACGCGACCUUACCUUAUUAUUGCGACCACGGAUAUUGCCGUCAAGUUUUACGAGAGGCUGCUGUUAAAAAAAAAAAAAAGUUGAUUCAGCGAGUGGUGAGUGAUGUCUUCCCUGCACUUAAUAUUCAUUUUUAGCCCUGUUGUGUUAUUUUAUAUUUACUGUCAUUUUCUGCCACACAUUACCGGUCGGUGAAAAAAAGGCCCACAAUACACCGGUCCGUGGUGCAAAAAAGGUUGGGGACCACAGCUUUACAGGAAUAUGUAGGGAAACGAAUUCCCCUGCCAAUCUUGCUUUUUGACCAAUUAGCAUAUGAACAAUGACAAUAGGAAAUCCCACUUAUCUCACUGGUCGAAGCACUGUCGCUAACAGAAAACAACAUAGGAGUGUUUGAGAUGAGAGGUUUGAGUGAAGCGAGAAUAAAAAACUUUCAAAAUGA